UUCAUAUGGAGAGACCACCAAGUACCUCCGGCUCCUGGCUUCUCGGCUGCCUCCUCACUCUAGCCUUCCUCCAGCUGCCUGCUCCAGUGUCAGGGGAUGCUGACAAGUACUACCACGUCCCACUCGGAGGCACAGCGGAGCUGUCCUGCCCCCUUUUGCUCUGGCCGGGCAUGGUGCUCAGCGAGGUAAGGUGGCAACACCUGCCUCACACCCAGGCUGUCCACGUGCUCCGGGACGGGCAGGACAGUGAUGAAGAUCUGAUGCCGGAAUAUAAGGGCAGGACGAAGCUGGUGAGAGAUACUCACAAGGGAAGUUACACUCUGCACAUCAGUAAUGUUAGGCUCGAGGACCGAGGGCUGUAUCAGUGCCAGUUCCGAGUCGGAAACCAGAGUCAAGAAGGCAACGUGACCCUGCAAGUGGCAGUUUUAGGUUCUGAUCCCUUCAUCCACGUGAAGAGCUAUGAUGCUGGGUGGAUCCAGCUGGUGUGCCAGUCAAUGGGAUGGUUCCCAAAGCCCUGGACCGAGUGGAGAGACACUGAGGGUAGAGUGCUUCAGUCCCUAACGGAGGCCCACUCCCUGGAUGAAACUGCACUAUUCCAAACAGCAGUGUCCAGCAGAGUCAGGGACAACGCUGUGGGAAAUGUGUCCUGCACUGUUCGUAAUGAGGUCCUUGGCCAAGAGAAGACCACAAUCAUGGUUAUUGGAGCCCCAGCUCCCGGAAGUCUGUCCUCUCCAGCCGUGGCUCUCUCUGUGGUCUUGCCUAUCUUGGGGCUCCUCAUCCUUCUUGGCAUUUGGCUCAUCUGUAAACAAAAAAGAUCAAAAGAGAAGCUUCUCUAUGAACAGGUGAUGGAGGUAGAAAAUCUUCUGGAAGACCAUGCCAAAGAAAAAGGAAGACUCCACAAAGCCCUCAAGAAACUCCGGAGUGAACUAAAGUUGAAAAGAGCAGCAGCCAAUGCAGGCUGGAGAAGAGCCCGACUGCAUUUUGUGGUGGUGACCUUGGACCCUGACACAGCACAUCCCAAACUCAUCCUGUCUGAGGAUCGGAGAUGUGUGAGGCUGGGCGACAAAAAGCGGCCUGUUCCUGACAACCCUCAGAGGUUUGAUUUUGUGGUCAGCGUCCUCGGCUCUGAGUCCUUCACAACUGGCUGUCACUACUGGGAAGUAUACGUGGGUGAGAAGACCAAAUGGAUCCUUGGAGUGUGUAGCGAGUCUGUGAGCAGGAAAGGGAAGGUCACAGCCUCACCUGCCAACGGCCACUGGCUUGUGCGACAGAGCCGUAGGAAUGAGUAUGAAGCUCUCACGUCCCCGCAGACCUCCUUCCGUCUGAAGGAGUCCCCAAAGUGUGUGGGGGUUUUCUUGGACUAUGAAGCAGGGGUCAUCUCCUUCUACAAUGUCACCGACAAGUCCCACAUCUUCACCUUCACCCACAGCUUCUCGAGCCCCCUUCGCCCUUUCUUUGAACCUUGUCUUCAUGAUGAGGGGAGAAACACAGCACCUCUAAUCAUUUGUACUGAACUACAGAAGUCAGAUGAAUCGAUUGUCACCAAACAAGAAGGAAAAAGCCAAGCUAAUGGAGAUGUGUCCCUGACGGUGAAUCCAUCCUUACUGUCUCCUCAGGGUUCUAAGCUUUUCCCAGUCAAUGAUACCUGGCCCUCUAACCUUGGCCCUGCCCUGCAGGGGUUCAAGGCUCCUUCUUUGUAGGGCUGUGUCCUGUGAUUCACUCACAUGAGCACCCUGGACUCUGUCUCCUGGCCCAGCACCUGUUUCUUCAGUACUUCAUGUCUUUGACUCAAAUCCAGACCCUUCUGUGGUACCACCUUUCUCCCAGGGCUCAAUUCUGAACAUUGCCUUUUAAUUCUUCUAGAGACUAGACAUUUCCGUUGCCCUGGUGGGUGCCUUCUUGUAAUGAACACAGCUGAAUCAGUAGAGGUUUAGUAGGAGACAUUGGUUGUAUCGAAGCAGCGUUCAGUGCAGGCUCAGGGGACAGGGCUCUGGACCUGAGGGAACCCUGACAGGAACUUCUCAGUGUCAGCCUUCUCAGUGGGUUUUCACUUGUGAAGCUAUGCCCCAGACCCUGACGUCUUCUUCCAUCAAUGACUGUUCUUCUCUUUUCUGCCCAGUUCAGGCUGCUAACUCCCAAAGCCAGCUCUUUACAAGCAUGUCUUGUAAAUCACGCAUCCCCCUUUCUUUGGACUGAAACAGAGAUGUCAACACCCCCAUAGUUUUCUAUUUUCUUCAUGCUUGUUUAUAGCACUGGCUGUAGACAUCCACAGUGUAUGUUUUCAACAGCUGUUUUGAAAUGGAGACAUCCAGACUGUACAUGUUUUCAAAAACUAAUUAUCUUACAUGAUGACCAGGAACCAUAAAGUCCCCCAAAACCUCAACAUAGGCACGGGGCUGGUAGGCACAGCUGUAAACAAAGCAGUCCAGCUGUGUGGCCUUGAGCAGAUGAGUUACUCUGCAGUCUAUGGCUCUAGCCCUUCUGAUAACCUCAUUUUUCAGUGAGAAAAAUGGCAGUUUGAGCCAUUCACCUCAAUACACCCACAAGACCAUUACUCUUCAAGACUUGACAAUAGCCUCUGAGUCAGAGAUUACUGAUUUCAAGAAAGCUGACAAGACAUCUUAUUUCUGGGUAUGGUAGUGCACAUCUUUCAUCCCAGCAGGUGGAUCUCUAAGUUUGAGAUGAGCCUGGUCCGCAUAAUGAGUUCCAGGACAGCUAGAGCUGUAUGGUGAGACCCUGUCUCACCGCCCCCCAAACCAUAUAAGACAUCUUAUCUGAAAGAGUAUAAGGUGAGACUAUAAAACAAUGAAUUCAGGGCCGGAAAAAUGACGGCUCCCUUAAGAGUUUGUACUGCUUUUGCAGAGGACCUGAGUUUGGUUUCUGCCCCCUAUUGGGCAGUUGACAACCACCUGGAACUCCAGCUCCAGAGGACGAGGUUACCUCUUUUAGCCUUCAAGGGCACCUUUGACUCACUGCACAUAACUAUACAUACAUACAUACAUACAUACAUACAUACAUACAUACAUACACACACACACACACACACACACACACACACACACUUUAAAAUGUGGAUUAGAAAAAGAAGGCAAGGCAAUUUCAAGUAAUACCAGAUAUGUGAUUCAGCCUAUUUGUGGAGUUUCCCAUCAAUUUGCAGGUGGGAAGGCAACUGGACCCCUCUACAACUAGAUCUGUUACAAGUUCUUUCCAAUAGUGCCUGUAUUAGCUUAGGGUUCCCUAGAGAAACAACCAACAGAGUGUGUGUGUGUGUAGUGAGGGGUGGGGGCAGAAAAUGAAUAAAUAUGAGACUGGAGUAGGCAGGUUGGAGACUUAGAAAGCCAAUGUUUUAAUUCCAGUACAAGGCAGGGAAAGAGCUGAUGUCCUGCCCAAAGCCUGACAGGCCACAGAACUGGUCUGAGAACUUCCACUGGUUGGAUGGCUCCAACAGGAAUUAAGGAGGGUAACUGCUUUACUCAAUCUACUGAUGAAAUGUUAAUCUUGUCCAAACUACCCUCACAGGGACAACAAAUAUAAUGUCUAAUGAAGUAUCUGGGAACUUUGUGACCUGGUCAAGGUGACACAUAAAAUUUGCCAUUAUGGGGCCCAGGGGGAAUAUUUUGUUUGUCUUUGUACAGUUAUUAAAUACAACUUUUAGUAUUUAUUGUUUGGCAUGUUGUCUUCAUUGUGAAGGAAGUUGUGGAGAAAACACAUGAUGGGUUGGUUUCUGAAUAGCUCAGCUUCUGUUCAAGCAAACUUCAGACACAGUUCAUAAUAAACCCAGUUUUA